CCGCAUGUCAAUCAGAGGGCAUCCAUGACUCAUGUGUGUUCUGCUCCCUUGUUGGAAACAGGGAUGGAAUGGACUAGCAAUUGCUACAGCCUGGAAGGUCAAAAUACUUCAGAUUGAGUUCUCUUGUGGUAGUAUGGCAGCAGCGUUUCUAGAUGGCAAGGAUGCAAACUCUCUCCUCAAACGUUUUCCUCGGGAUAAUGGUUUCCUGGAGGAGCUCCGGCCGGGCAACAUUGAGAGGGAAUGUGCUGAAGAGAGCUGCAGCUUUGAGGAGGCCAAUGAAGUGUUUGAAAAUAAGGAGCAAACGAUGGAGUUCUGGAAAAACCGCAGCUUCUACACAGUGAACAGCAAUGCUGAUUCGGAGCGCCCGGACACUGUGUACAUGGUGGUGCCCCUUCUGGGCGUGGCCCUUCUCAUCAUCAUCGCGCUCUUCCUCCUCUGGCGCUGUCAACUGCAGAAAGCCACGCGCCGGCGUCCGGCCUACACCCAGAACCGUUAUCUGGCCAACCGGAACGCCCGCAGCCUCCCGCGCAUCCUGGUGCACCGCGAACCUCCCACGCACUCAGAGAACUCUCACGCCAAUGACAGGCCCAGCGUGGUGGUCAGCUGCGCCGAAAGAGGCGGGGCUUCAGUCACCGCACAAGACUCCCAUCACCACGCCGGCCAUUCGCAGAACAAUCGCUCCCUGUACGUACAAGAUUCGUCCUUGUCCGUGGCGUCCCAUCUGUCCGGGGCGACCCCGCCGCCAUCCUACGAGGAAGUCACCGGCCACUUAGAGAGCAGCAGCGAUGAGACGACAGCCCCCUACAGCGAUCCUCCGCCCAAAUAUGAGGAGAUUGUGCUAGAAAAGUGAGAGCUUUCAUAAACAAGGACACAUAUAGCGGUAACCAAAUGUUAGGGAUGCACUGGUUCCCAAGC